CCGAAAAGUCAUUUCUUUAUGCGAUAUCCAAACACCCUCGUAUCUCCAAGCAAAUGAACUACAGGAGGCAUCAAGUAGGAUUCAACGGUUACAUUCGUUGAUUUUCCCCGCCAGUCAUAAUUUCCCAAGCUCCCCAAAAGCAAGCUCAAACCCGAAUUUUAUACACUACAUGGAGAUGGAUCUAUCAAACCCUAAAUUUCUAGCAGCAAUCGAUAUGGGAAGCAAUUCUUUCAAAUUGUUAAUAGUCAGAGCAGAAUCAAAUAGAAAAUUCUUAGUAAUCGAUCAUUUCAAAGAACCUGUAGUUCUCGGCCGAGGUAUGAUUUCAAAUUCAUCAUCUAUUUCCCCAGAAUCAAUAACCAAAGCAACUUUAGCAUUAAAAAAAUUCAAUCAAAUAUUACAGAAAAACCACAUAAUUUAUCAAACACAAAUUGUUGCCACUUCAGCUGUAAGAGAAGCAGUGAAUAAAAGUGAAUUUUUAUAUAAAAUUAAAGAGAAAUCAGGGUUUAUUGAUGAUGAAAUCAGGGUUUUAUCUGGUGUGGAAGAAGCUAGAUUUGUUUAUAUGGGGAUACUUCAGUUUUUACCUGUUUAUGAUAAAACUACUUUAGCUAUUGAUAUUGGUGGUGGAUCUACUGAAUUUGUUAUAGGGAAGUCUGGGAAAGUGUUCUUUUCGAUUUCUUCAAAACUAGGGCAUGUUAGUUUAACUGAUGAAUUUGUUAAGGGGGAGAAAAUGAUUGUUAAUAUGCGGAAUUAUAUUCGUUCGGUUAUUUAUGAAUCUGGACUAGUUGAGAAAGUUAAAGAAAUUGGGUUUGAUAUUGCUGUUGGUUCUUCUGGAACUAUUAAGUCGAUUGAAAAAGCUGUUUCUUUGAGGUAUGGUUGUGAUUUGAGUGGUUCAGUUGUGCCAAAUGGUGGGGAAUUUAGUAGAGAUUGGAAGUUUAAUAAAGAGGAAUUGGUUGGUGUUGUUGAGAAGUUGUGUGAAGGUGGAGACGAUGAUGAGGAGAUUAGGAGAAAUGGUUUUUUUAAGAGACGAUCGGAGUUUAUACUUGCUGGAGCUGUUUUGUUGUUGGAGAUUUUUGAGAUUCUUGGGAUUAAGGAAUUGGAGGUUUCGGAGUAUGCUUUAGGAGAAGGAGUUAUUGCGGAAACACUUGCGAGUUGUUGUGAGGAUUAUGAUAUUAAAGCAAAUGCUAGGUGGCUUUCUGUUACAAAACUCGCGACGAGGUUUAAUACUGACAAGAGAAUGAAAUUAGCUUCUCUCUCUGUGGGGAUUGCUAAGGAAAUGUUCAAGGGUUUAAGAAAAAGUGAUGAGCUUGCUAAUCAUCAGUUUUUGGACACAGUCUCAUUGGAUGAAAAAGAUCUUGAGUAUCUGGAAGCUGCUUGUUUGCUUCAUAACAUUGGAUUGUUUAUUGGUAAAAAGGGGUAUCAUAAACAUUCACAUCGUAUUAUCAAGAACGGUGAGCAACUUCAUGGUUAUAGUACUGAGGAGGUAGAGUUAAUAGCACUACUUGCAAGACAUCAUCGAAAGAAGUUUCCAAAAUCUACUCAAGGUUCUCUUGAAGGGUUCCCGAAGGAGUUGAAAGAAAAAUUCAAAGUCCUCUGUGCGAUUUUGCGAAUAUCAAUUGCGGUUCAGCAUUGCAAGUUAACGACCUUUCAUGGAUUGGAAACUUCAAACUGUCAAGAAGGUUUCGAACUGGUGUUUAAUGAGAAAAGCGGUCAAUCUCUGCCUCCUGGUGAAGUAAAACUUUCUGCAGAGAAUGUGGAGGCUGAACUAAAGUCAGAAUUGAAUUAUUUUCAAGAGGUAGUUAAAAUGAAAUUACUAAUUGCAGUUCCACCGAGCUCGUAAAAACCAUCAGCAUUAUGUACAUAUACUUCGAAACAAAUACUUGUAUUGUGUUGUCUUACUCAACUUUGAAAGUCUUUCUUCAGAGGCCAAUAAGCAAGUUCAGAACCUCUUAUACUGAGGACAUAAAUCAACUCUAGCGACUGAUGUUUUGAUUCUCUACGGCACUGCUUGUAUCCAGCAAAAAACCCGCAAAUGCUAGAAUUCGCCGCGGAACCGAUUUGCAGGUGCUUGAUAACCAUAGUUUACUGCGAAAAACCCAAAAAAAUAGGCAAAGUUCACUGUGAAAAUUCACAGAUCUUAAAUCAGGUUGGAUUCCACUGAAAUCUGCAUUUGCAGCUAUGGAUACAAAGCUGAGAUGUUACUUGAACUUGUAAGCUUAUGUUCCGAUGUUGUUUGUUGUUGCUGUUUAUGUUGUACUCCCUCCGUUUCUGGAAAAGAGUAACUAUCAUUUUUUUCACCAAUGAAAAAGUGAUAGUAACUCUUUUCCAGAAACGGAGGUAGUACAUGUGUAACAGGUGCUGCUGUAUCAUAAUUCCAAGUGUAUAUAUAUCUCACAUGAAUGGAAAAUAUAGAUCUGUUGCUUGAUUAAAGAUUGACACAGAGAGGGAGAGGUCUGAACUCCGGGGUGAUGUUAGAUUGCCUGAUGAAGUUCAUCUUCCCCCUUUCCAGUUGUACAACUUCUUCUCUGUGUAUUGUCGUAGGUAAAGAUGAUAGAAGACAGUGGUCUCAAAAGAAAAAAGUUGUUCUUUCAAUUUAAUUCCUGUAUGAAGCUGAUUGAUAAAUUAAGACCCUUUUCUCUGAUCUUCUUUA